UUUUAUAAAUUUGCUUGAACUUUGAUAACUCGUAAAAAUAAAAUAUAUGCGUUGAUAAGAGAUAACCAACAAAAAAAAAAUCCUUUCACUAUUCUCAUUUGUGGAGAUUUAACCUUGUGAAUGACCUAUCAUUCUUUCCACGUCUACAUUACCCUAAACAACUAAACCAAAACCAUGGAAUUAGUAGGAAAAGUAAACAACUACGAUUGGGGUAAACUUGGAACACAAUCAGAAGCUGCUAAACUAGCCGCUUUAAAUUCGGCGGAUUUCAAUGCCGAUGAAAAUGUUCCAUAUUCUGAGUUGUGGAUGGGUGACCAUCCAAGUGGACCAUCUGUCAUAAAAUCCAGUAAAGAAGAAUUGGGCAAAUUUAUUGCCAAAAACAAUGGCACUGGAAUCAUUGGUGGACUUGAUAAACUUCCAUUCCUUUUUAAAGUUUUAAGUAUUAGAAAGGCAUUGAGUAUACAAGUCCACCCUAAUAAGAAAGAAGCUGAGAGGUUGUUUGUUGAACGUCCUGAAGUUUUUAAGGAUCCUAACCACAAACCGGAGAUUGCAAUUGCACUAACUCCAUUUGUUGCUCUUUGUGGCUUUCGAACAAACGAAGAUAUUCAGGAGCUUUGCCAGAAACUACCUCCUCUUGAGGAACUUCUUGGCUCUGAAAAUGUUAAACUCCUUCAGAGUGGUUCUAAAGGUUUGAGAACCUGCUUUGAAUCUCUUAUGAAUUCGCCUGUCGACCGAACAAAUGCUUGCAUCGAAGCAAUUGCAAACAACUAUACCUCAGUUUUGCAGGAAAGAGGAAUGCUCGACAUGUUCAAUAAAAUCAAAAAAGACUUCCCUGGCGAUUCAGGACUCUUGGCCUUAUUUUUUGUCAAUCUCAUUCGUCUGCAACCAGGUGAAGCGAUAUUCCUUGCUGCCAAUGAAAUCCAUGCUUACCUCGAGGGCGAUUGCAUUGAAUGCAUGUCAUGUUCGGACAAUGUAGUCCGUGCUGGACUCACUCCAAAGUUGAAAGACAUUCCGUGCCUUAUUCAAAUGUUAAAUUUUGAAGGUUCGCCACCAGAGAAGAAUCUAUUCAAACCAAUUAAAGUUGAUGAAUGUCUCGAAAGAUUUGCUCCUCCAAUUGAAGAUUUUGCUGUUGACAAGUUGUCAAUUCCAAAAUCGGAAAAGGAAUAUAAAUUGAAAGCAGAGAAGUACGGUGGAAUAUUGUUGGUGUUGAAUGGAGAAAGACAACUUGUGUUUGCUAAUGGCGAUGAAUUGGCAGUGACAAGAGGAUCGAUUGUUUUUAUUCCUGGAAAUGUUGGAGAUAGUUUGACAUUAAAAGUGAAAGAAGGAAAUGGCAGUGAUUUCCAGGGAUACAUUGCAAAGUAUAACAGUUACUUGAAUUAAGAGAUUAUUACUUUGUUUAUAAGUUUAUUAAUUUGUUUGUUAUUUUAUUUGAAAAUAAUUUAAUGUAAUCUUUUAUAUGGUUUCUACCUAGUGUUUUUAAAUUUAUAAAUGAUUAA